AUGAAUCCUCCUCCACAACGACCACCAUUUCCACCGCUAGGAAUGCCCAUGCCGCCACCUGGAAUGCCUCCAAUGCCAUUCCCGAUGCAAGGAUAUCCUCCUGGUUAUAUUCCUCAACAGCAGCAGCAAUCAUCACAAUUCGCAAUGCCAAAAGAAGACUUGUCAGAUGAGAAGCUGGCUGAGAAGAGCAAGAGAUGGCAGCAACUUAACACAAAAAGAUUUGGGGAGAAGAAAAAGUAUGGGUUUGUCGAGACUACAAAAGAGAAUAUGCCUCCUGAACACUUGAGGAAGGUAAUCAGGGAUCACGGUGACUUGUCUAGCAAGAAAUUCAGACAUGACAAGCGUAUCUACUUGGGUGCCUUAAAAUACGUUCCACAUGCCGUAAUGAAACUGCUCGAAAACAUGCCCAUGCCUUGGGAACAAGUCCGGGAAGUGAACGUCCUCUAUCAUACGACAGGUGCAAUCACAUUUGUAAACGAAAUUCCAAACGUAAUCGAACCUGUAUAUGUCGCUCAAUGGGGCACAAUGUGGAUUAUGAUGAGACGUGAGAAACGCGAUCGUCGACACUUUAAACGAAUGAGGUUUCCACCAUUCGAUGAUGAAGAGCCUCCGCUCGAUUACGGUGAUAAUAUAUUAGGUGUUGAUCCUCUUGAACCUAUUUGGAUGGACUUGGAUGAUACUGAUGACGCGGCAGUCAUGGAAUGGUUUUAUGAUCAUAAACCAUUGGCCAAAGAUAAAAAGGUUAUGAAUGGUACUUCUUAUAGGAGAUGGAAGUUGGAUUUACCUGCCAUGUCUACCUUAUAUCGUCUUGCUCAUCAGCUAUUGUCUGACUUGAUGGAUAAGAACUACUUUUACUUGUUUGAUAAGCACUCCUUCUUCACCGCGAAGGCGUUGAAUAUGGCUAUACCAGGUGGACCCAAAUUCGAACCGCUCUAUCGAGAUGUCGAUCCAGCAGAUGAAGACUGGAAUGAAUUCAACGAUAUAAACAAAAUUAUCAUCCGAAACCCAAUCCGUACCGAAUAUAAAGUCGCCUAUCCAUUCUUAUAUAAUUCGCUACCACGAUCUGUAAAAGUGUCUUGGUAUCAUCAUCCCGCCAUAGUAUUCAUCCGUGCCGAAGAUCCGGACUUGCCCGCAUUCUACUUUGACCCACUUAUAAACCCUAUCUCAUCUCGCAGCUUGAAGUCAUCCUUCAAAGGUAGCACUCACGAAGAAGAAAUAUUCGGAGAUGCUGAUGAAGACGACUCCUUUGAAUUACCACCAUCCGUAGCACCCUUCUUGGAAGAUAAACCACUGUAUACAGAUUCGACUGCUAACGGUAUAUCCUUGUACUGGGCACCAUCACCAUUCGAUAAGCGAUCGGGCCAUACUCGUCGUGCUCAAGACAUACCACUUGUGAAUAGUUGGUUUAUGGAGCACUGUCCACCAAACCAUCCAGUAAAAGUACGUGUAUCCUACCAGAAGCUACUCAAGUGCUGGAUAUUGAACGAGUUGCAUCGACGACCGACCAAAUCCCAAAACAAGAAAUACUUGUUCAGGUCCUUGAAAGCAACCAAAUUCUUUCAAUCGACUGAAAUCGAUUGGGUAGAAGCUGGAUUGCAAGUAUGUCGACAAGGAUACAAUAUGCUGAAUCUCCUCAUCCAUCGUAAAAAUCUCAAUUAUCUACACUUGGAUUAUAAUUUCAACUUGAAGCCCGUCAAGACCUUAACAACAAAGGAACGUAAAAAAUCUAGGUUUGGAAAUGCCUUCCAUUUGAUGAGAGAAAUAUUGAGAUUGACGAAAUUGAUUGUUGAUUCUCAUGUACAAUACCGAUUGGGUAACGUUGAUGCCUUUCAAUUGGCUGACGGCUUGCAGUAUACUUUUGCUCAUGUUGGGCAAUUGACUGGAAUGUAUCGAUACAAGUAUCGUCUCAUGAGACAGAUUAGGAUGUGCAAAGAUCUCAAACACUUGAUUUACUACCGCUUCAACACUGGUCCAGUCGGCAAAGGACCUGGGUGUGGUAUUUGGGCACCAGGAUGGAGAGUCUGGCUCUUCUUCAUGCGUGGUAUUGUCCCAUUACUUGAACGAUGGCUUGGAAAUCUCCUGGCUCGUCAUUUCGAAGGUCGUCAAUCCAAGGGUAUUGCUAAAACCGUGACCAAGCAACGUGUUGAAUCACACUAUGACUUGGAAUUACGUGCUGCCGUACUUCACGAUAUUUUGGAUAUGAUGCCUGAAGGUAUCAAGGCCAACAAAAGUCGUACUAUACUUCAACAUUUGAGUGAAGCUUGGCGAUGCUGGAAGUCGAACGUUCCCUGGAAGGUUCCUGGCUUACCUGUACCUAUUGAGAAUAUGAUUCUUAGAUAUGUGAAAUCCAAAGCUGAUUGGUGGACUUCCGUCGCACAUUACAAUCGUGAACGUAUCAAGAGAGGUGCCACUGUGGACAAGACCGUUUGUAAAAAGAAUCUGGGUAGAUUGACUCGAUUGUUCUUGAAGGCUGAACAAGAACGUCAGCACAACUACUUGAAGGAUGGUCCAUAUAUUAGUGCCGAAGAAGCCGUUGCCAUCUAUACUUCAACAGUCCACUGGCUUGAGUCUCGUAAAUUCUCUCCAAUUCCUUUCCCACCUCUAUCAUACAAACACGAUACCAAACUCUUGAUAUUGGCCUUGGAAAACUUGAAGGAAGCCUACUCUGUCAAGGGCCGAUUGAAUCAAUCUCAACGUGAAGAAUUAGGAUUGAUUGAACAGGCAUAUGAUAAUCCACACGAAUGUCUUGGUCGAAUCAAACGUCUCUUGUUGACUCAACGAGCCUUCAAAGAAGUCGGUAUAGAAUUCAUGGACUUGUAUUCUCACUUGAUUCCUGUAUAUGAUAUUGAACCUUUGGAAAAGAUUACUGAUGCAUACUUGGAUCAGUAUCUCUGGUAUGAAGCUGACAAGCGUGGGUUAUUCCCAUCGUGGAUUAAGCCAUCUGAUACUGAGCCGCCACCACUUCUUGUCUAUAAAUGGUGCCAAGGAAUCAAUAAUUUGACUGAAGUUUGGGAGACAAGUGAUGGUCAAUGUAAUGUUAUGAUGGAAACACGGUUCUCGAAAGCGUAUGAAAAGAUUGAUUUGACAUUGCUCAAUCGUCUUUUGAGGUUGAUUGUGGAUCAUAAUAUUGCUGAUUAUAUGAGUGCUAAGAACAAUGUGGUGCUCAACUACAAGGACAUGAAUCACGUCAAUGCAUAUGGUUUGAUUCGAGGAUUACAAUUCGCAUCCUUCAUCUUCCAAUACUAUGGCUUGGUACUUGAUCUGCUCUUAUUGGGUCUCCAACGCGCUUCUGAAAUGGCUGGACCGCCCAACUUGCCGAAUGACUUCUUGCAAUUCAGGGAUAUGCCGACUGAAACUCGCCAUCCUAUAAGAUUGUAUUCCCGAUAUGUGGAUCGUAUUCAUAUGUUUUUGAGGUUUUCUGCUGAUGAGGCGAGGGAUUUGAUUCAACGAUAUCUGACUGAACAUCCCGAUCCCAACAAUGAAAACAUUGUUGGCUAUAACAAUAAAAAAUGCUGGCCACGUGACUGUCGUAUGAGAUUGAUGAAGCACGAUGUCAACUUGGGUCGUGCAGUCUUCUGGGACAUGAAGAACCGCUUGCCACGAUCUCUCACAACUAUAGAAUGGGAAGACUCGUUUGUAUCUGUGUAUUCACGAGAUAAUCCGAACCUCUUGUUUGCCAUGCAAGGUUUUGAAGUCCGUAUCCUACCCAAGAUCCGUACCAUUCAAGAAGAGUUUACAUUGAAUGAAGGAGUAUGGAAUUUGAUCUAUGAAGCUACCAAAGAAAGAACUGCACAGGCAUUCAUUAGAGUUGAUAAUGAUGCGUUGGAGAAAUUCCAUAAUCGGAUUAGACAGAUUUUGAUGGCUUCGGGCAGCACGACCUUUUCGAAAAUCAUCAACAAGUGGAAUACAUGCUUGAUUGGUUUGAUGACAUAUUACCGAGAAGCAGUAGUCCACACUCGUGAAUUACUGGAUUUGUUGGUUAAAUGUGAAAACAAGAUUCAGACUCGUGUAAAGAUUGGAUUGAAUUCGAAGAUGCCUUCUCGAUUCCCACCUGUCGUGUUCUAUACACCAAAGGAAUUGGGUGGUCUCGGUAUGCUUUCCAUGGGUCAUGUCUUGAUUCCACAAUCGGACUUGAGAUGGUCCAAGCAGACUGAUACAGGCAUUACCCAUUUCCGAUCUGGCAUGUCUCAUGAAGAAGAUCAAACUAUACCCAACUUGUUCCGAUACAUUCAACCAUGGGAAUCCGAAUUUGUAGAUUCGCAACGAGUGUGGCAUGAAUAUGCCCUUAAACGUCAAGAAGCGAACGCACAGAAUCGACGACUGACGUUAGAAGAUUUGGAAGAUUCAUGGGAUCGUGGUAUACCAAGAAUUAAUACGCUAUUCCAAAAAGAUCGGCAUACUUUGGCAUAUGAUAAAGGAUGGCGUGUACGAACUGAUUUCAAGCAGUACCAGAUAUUGAAGAAUAAUCCAUUCUGGUGGACUCAUCAACGUCAUGAUGGAAAGCUUUGGAAUCUCAACAAUUAUCGAACGGAUAUGAUUCAAGCUCUUGGAGGUGUUGAAGGUAUUCUCGAACAUACCUUGUUCAAGGGUACAUACUUCCCCACCUGGGAAGGUCUCUUCUGGGAGAAGGCUUCUGGUUUCGAAGAAUCAAUGAAGUAUAAAAAACUGACUAAUGCGCAACGAUCUGGUUUGAAUCAAAUCCCUAAUCGUCGAUUCACGUUAUGGUGGUCUCCAACAAUCAAUCGAGCAAACGUCUACGUUGGUUUCCAAGUACAAUUGGAUUUGACUGGUAUAUUUAUGCAUGGUAAAAUCCCCACGCUCAAGAUCUCCUUGAUUCAAAUCUUCCGUGCUCACUUGUGGCAGAAGAUUCAUGAGAGUGUAGUCAUGGACUUGUGUCAAGUAUUUGAUCAAGAACUUGAAGCGUUGGAAAUCGAAACUGUGCAAAAGGAAACAAUCCAUCCCAGAAAGUCAUACAAGAUGAACUCAUCUUGUGCCGAUAUAUUGCUCUUUGCUGCCUUCAAAUGGAAUGUAUCCAAGCCAUCAUUAUUGAACGAUACAAAGGAUUCGUUUGAUGGAGCCACUAGCAACCGAUUCUGGCUUGAUGUCCAACUCAGAUGGGGUGAUUUUGACUCGCACGAUAUAGAACGAUACACUCGUGCCAAAUACCUGGAUUAUACUACCGAUAAUAUGUCGAUUUACCCAUCACCUACUGGAUUGAUGAUUGGUCUCGAUUUGGCCUAUAAUUUACACUCAGCAUAUGGUAACUGGUUCCCUGGUAUGAAGCCCUUGAUACAACAAGCUAUGGGUAAAAUCAUGAAGUCCAAUCCAGCUCUAUAUGUAUUACGAGAACGUAUCCGUAAAGGCCUUCAAUUGUAUUCUUCAGAACCCACAGAGCCAUACCUCUCGUCACAGAACUACGGCGAAUUAUUCAGCAAUCAAAUCAUUUGGUUUGUGGAUGAUACCAACGUAUAUCGAGUCACGAUUCACAAGACAUUUGAAGGAAAUUUGACCACCAAACCUAUAAACGGAGCCAUCUUUAUAUUCAAUCCACGUACAGGUCAAUUGUUUUUGAAGAUUAUUCAUACAUCUGUAUGGGCUGGGCAGAAACGUUUGGGGCAAUUGGCUAAAUGGAAGACUGCUGAAGAAACUGCUGCCUUGAUUCGGUCCUUGCCUGUUGAAGAACAGCCUAAACAGAUUAUUGUUACCAGGAAGGGUAUGCUUGAUCCACUUGAGGUUCACUUGCUGGACUUCCCUAAUAUUGUCAUCAAGGGAUCAGAACUACAGUUGCCCUUCCAAGCGUGUCUCAAGGUUGAGAAGUUUGGUGAUUUGAUUCUCAAGGCUACUGAGCCUCAAAUGGUCUUGUUCAACUUGUAUGAUGACUGGCUCAAGAGUAUCUCUUCUUACACGGCCUUCUCUCGUUUAGUCUUGAUUCUGCGAGCUCUUCAUGUAAAUAACGAAAAGACCAAAAUCAUACUGCGACCAGACAAGUCCGUUGUCACUGAACCUCAUCAUGUAUGGCCCACUCUUACCGAUGAGGAAUGGAUCAAGGUUGAAGUACAAUUGAAGGACUUGAUCUUGGCUGAUUAUGGUAAAAAGAAUAACGUCAACGUAGCAUCUCUCACCUCUAGUGAGAUUCGUGACAUUAUUCUUGGUAUGGAGAUCCAAGCACCAUCACUACAACGACAGCAGAUCGCCGAGAUUGAUAAACAAGCUAAAGAGCAAUCUCAACUGACCGCUGUAACGACAAAGACACAAAACAUCCAUGGUGAUGAAAUGAUUGUGACUACUACGUCUAAUUACGAGACACAGACCUUCUCGUCCAAGACAGAAUGGCGCAUCCGAGCCAUCUCGUCAACCAACCUGCAUCUCCGAACAAACCAUAUAUAUGUCAAUUCGGACGACAUCAAGGAAACGGGCUUCACAUAUGUCAUGCCCAAGAAUGUAUUAAAGAAGUUUAUAUGUAUAGCAGAUCUACGAACCCAGAUAUCUGGAUUCAUGUAUGGAGUCUCACCGCCCGACAAUCCGCAAGUUAAAGAAAUUCGAGCUAUAGUAAUGGUUCCUCAGUGGGGUACCCAUCAGCAAGUCCAUUUGCCCACUGGAUUACCGAAUCAUGAAUAUUUGAAUGAUUAUGAACCUCUGGGAUGGAUUCAUACUCAGCCACAAGAGUUGCCUCAACUGUCGCCAUUGGAUGUUACUAUGCAUAGUCAUAUCUUGGCUGAGAAUCGAGCUUGGGAUGUGGAUAAGGCUGUUAUUAUUACUUGUUCCUUUACACCGGGAUCUUGCUCAUUGACUGCAUACAAGCUCACACCAGGAGGACUGGAAUGGGGCAAAACCAACAAGGAUAUGGGGGUCAAUCCGGCAGGAUAUAGUCCAUCGCACUAUGAAAAGGUGCAAUUGCUCCUCACUGAUCGAAUCUUGGGCUUUUACAUGGUUCCAGAAGGAGAUGGAUUGUGGAAUUACAACUUUAUGGGUGCUAAGCACAGUCCGAAUAUGAAGUAUUUGUUGACGUUGGAUUCGCCCAAGGAAUUCUAUCAUGAAAUUCAUAGACCAAGUCACUUCCUCAAUUUCUCAGGCCUUGAAGAAACUGGAUUGACCAUGGUGGGAACUGGAGUUAGCAGUGAGAUCGACAAGGAGAACGAGUUUGAAGAGAGUGCACCAGAGCGUCCAGCAGUAUCUGCAGCUCCUCUGAUCACGAAACCAUCAGAAGAAAAGAAACCACAAGCAGCUACGAAGAAAAGUAUAUCGAUAAUCAGGAAUGCGUCUGAUCCUACCAAGAAACCUCACAAGAAGAGAAAGAUAUCAUCAAAUGCUGGACUAGUCACAACAACCGAUAAAACAGGUGGCGAAGAGAGGCCCAUAAAGAAACAAAGGAAGCAGCGUGCACAGUCUGAUGAAGGAGCUCCUGUGACUAUAGCUGCUGCUGAACAGCCGAUACCUCAAACCAAAGAAAAAAUUCAGAAUGUGGUUGACAUUCGACCAGCUGAAGGAGACGAUGCAGGAGCUGCUGCCAAGAAGAAGCUGGCUAAACGCUCGAAAGGAAAAGAAGCUUUAACAAGCAUGGAAACUAAAAAGGUCAAAAAGGCGAAACGUACCCGCCGCAAGCAGGUAGAUGCCUUGCCUGAUACAGCAGAGAAAGCUAUAGCAUUAUAUGCUGAUUAUUUGACUACGUUCAAAUACAAUAGGCCUGCCUGGAAGUUCAACAAAACCCGUCAAACCUCGAUCUUGAAGCAUCUUUAUGACCCCACCAUGCUACCAAGAGAUGAAUUCAAACUCGCUCGAAUGUAUGUCAAGACUCUGCAAGGAAAUGCUAUGAAGUUGACUAUCGACAGGGCUCAAAGUAUAGUGAAGUCGCCUGAUGCUGAUGCUGUCAAAUUGAAGAGGGCAAAGAAGAUAUUGAAAAGCUUGAAGGUGUCAGAUGACAUUGUUGCUGAUGAUGCCUUGAUAGGAGAAGGAGAAGUAGAGGUGCAAGAAAACGUGUCAGAGUAG